AGACGACCCCUGACUGUCCCCCGGACGGCUACUAGCCAACCUCCGGACGGUUCCCCGGUCGACCCCUGGACGGUUCCCCUGCCGACCCCCGACUUAUCCCCCGGACAGCUACUAGCCGACCCCCGGACGGUCCCCCGGACCGUUCCCCGGACUGUCCCCGAGGACGGCCACCGGCCAACCCCCAGACGGUUCCCCGGACGACCCCCGGACUGUCCCCCCGAACGGCCCCGACGGCCCUCGGUUGGAAGCGACCGUCCCUCCCCGCUGCCCCCAUAGCCACGGGGCCAGUGGGAUUGGGGAAGAAGGAUAGGAUGGAGAGCCGGGGGUCGGGGGGCCGCACCGGGCUGGGGAAUCCUGCAGCCCACUGGGCCUGGCCAGACCACCACCCGGGAGGACGACGAGGACGAGGAGGAGGCAGGGUGGAGGGGCCUGCCUGGCACAGGAGCCCUCGACAGCAGCGGGUCACUGAUGGGGCCAACGCCGUCUUUUCCAGGUAUCCUCUUCACUGCUGCCAUUAUCCUGCUGGGACAGCUCAGCUGCCUCAGGACGUACCCGCUGAACCCACAGCCAAACCCUCGGCACCCCGACGUCGCCAAAAAGCUCCUAGGCGCGAUAAGCGGCACUUGGCAGAAGGCAAGUCAAAUAUUGGAACUUUACUCCUGCACCCCUGAAGAGAUUGACCAUGAAGAUAUCACUAGAAACCAAAUAAAUACUAUGAAGGCAUGUUUUCUGGAAGAGUUAACCAAGAAUGGCACUUGCGUGAAAACAGAAGCCUAUCUAAAUCUGAGCCAAAGGUGUUUGAAAAGCAUCUCUGAGGAUCUGGAAAAAUACAAAGUGGAGUUCAAGGCAAUCAAUAAAACUCUUUCAAGUGAUCAUAGGAGGCAGAUUUCUCUAGAUCACAAUAUGUUGGCUGCAAUAGAUGAACUCAUGCAGGCCCUGAAUAUCCCCGCACCUUCGGAAACCCCAGAUACACUCCCCACAUCAACUACAAGUUAUAGGACAGACGAUUUUUAUAAAACCAAGAUCAAGCUCUGCAUACUUCUUCAGGCAUUCAGAAUCCGUGUUGUGACAAUCAACAGACUGAUGAACUACCAGAAUUCUUCUUGAAGUUUGUCAUUAUUGAGCCUUGAAAGUGAUUCCUCGCAAAUAUUAGACCAAAGAAAGCUUAACCGUUGGUGGAAGAAGGGGAGAUGGGAAGAAAUGACAAGAUUCUCUCUGACCACAGCUUAGUCCAUUGCAUUUGAUUAUGUCAAACAUCAAAAAAAUAGUUGGGUACAAUUCACUGCAUUCAACAAAUUUCUCAAAAUAAGUUAUUCAUUUAAGUAUAUGUCGCAACGGAUUGGGGAUAGGUUCCUGUUCAAUUUUCUUGAGCAAAUGCUGAGCAAAUGUUACUGCCCUUCAUGAUCUUUCUUAUAACCAUACUUUAAUAGAGUAAGAUUUAUAAGCUAUCUCUAUCCCAAAAAGUUCUCAAAAAUAUCAAACACUCAAAUAUAACUUAUUUUAGAAUAUUUAUUUAUGAAGUAGAAAGCAUUUGUAAGGAUGUGAAAAUUAAAUUAUAUGUAUUUAUACCAUAAUUUAUUAAAAUAUUUAUUAUCUAGCCAAUUUAGGAAACUACCUUGUGAAUCUGGUUCUUUUGUGAAUAAAAGCAUUUGAAAAAUA